GAUAAUCGUUCGGUUACUGUGCUAUUUCUAUUAGUGCAUAGAAAAUAACUAGUAUAAAUCAAUAAAAAAUGUUCCAACCGGAAACGCGGCUGUCCGCACCACCGUCUGGGCAAGAUUAUCUUUUCCCGUUUGCUCCCUACGACAUACAGCUAGAUUUAAUGCGGUCGCUCUAUUCGGUAGUGGAAUCCGGCCAAGUCGGUAUUUUCGAAAGCCCAACGGGAACGGGUAAAAGUCUAACGUUAACGUGUGCGGUGCUUAGCUGGCUGCGUGAUCACGAAGCUCUGAUGGAACGGGAACUAGUGGAACGCAUCGACCGGCUCAAAGAAGAUAUCGCCCAGCUGGAGCGCUCGACGGCUGGAGCAGUGGAUUGGAUAUCCGGUCAGUAUGAAACCAUCGGAGCGAAGAAGCAAUUGAGUGAGUUGAAAGGUGUGAAGGACCUAAGAGAUGAGUAUUAUAAGCGAUUGCAGGAGAUUAAAGAGAAAACGGCUGAGAUAAAAAAGAAAAGGAAUUUCAGUCGGAUUAAGAAAGAAUCUAACGACGGGCCAUUGCUGGAAGCGGACUCGGAUGGUACAGUUGGUGUUGAGGAGGACUAUAUGGUAGACUCUGACGAUGAUGAUAUGGAUCUUGCUGAUGAUGACGAGGGUGUGCGAUUUAGGCCUGUUCAAGUCAUAUUUUGCUCCAGAACGCAUUCCCAGCUAGGACAGGUGGUAAACGAAAUACGUCGUACCGAAUUCGGGAAGCAGAUCAGAUUAACGACACUUGCUUCGAGGCAGAAUCUUUGUAUUAAUCCGGAGGUUAAAAAAUUGAAAGGAAACUCGCUUAUCAACGAACGGUGUUUGGAGCUACAGAAGAAGUCUGGUAAAAAAAUUACUUCAGUAGACGAUGAUAAAAACGCUAAAAAGAAGCGAAAGGUGGCUGGCAGUUGCCCAUUCUACAAUCGUUCGGCUAUCGAAGAGCUGCGAAAUGAUGCCCUGUUUGAAAUUCAGGACAUCGAAGAACUGGUCGCCUUUUCCAAACAGGAAAAGGCCUGUCCAUAUUAUGCUUCUCGCGCAUCUGUUCCAGAUUCCCAGCUUCUUAUGGUACCGUACCAGAACUUGCUUCACCGAAAAACUCGUGAACAGACCGGAAUCGAUAUCAGAAACUCGGUUAUCAUAAUUGAUGAAGCUCACAAUCUAUUGGACACAAUAUCCAAUAUUCAUAGUCAGGAGGUGACGCUUGAGCAGCUUCAGCAAGCACGAUUACAUAUAAAUGCCUAUAAAACUCAAUAUUUCCCGCGAUUUUCCACGAAGAAUCUGUUGAAAAUCAACCAACUGCUGUUCGUUGCAACUCGUCUGUGCAAACUUUUGGAAAUACCUUCGAAAUGUAGCUCUGGCUCGCGCAUGGUCAAAACACACGAAUUAAUGAUGGAGGGUGAUUUUUUCAACCUUAACCUAGGGGAAAUUCUUCAAUUUGCGGAGAAGUCACGCAUAGCGCAGAAAAUUCAUGGCUUCGCCCAAAGUGUUCCAACGCCGGUUCUACUAAACACCCCGAAUAAGCGCCCCAAUGAAACAAAGAAAGGGACAAAUGCCGUUAGGGAAUAUCUGAAACAGUUGGAGAAGGGUAUCAGUAAGCCUUCAGCCGUGGUUGAAUCUGCACGGGGAAAUGAAAAACCUGACGCAGAGAUCCGGAAGGAAUCGGUACCUAACGCAAUUCGACCAUUAUUAGCCUUUUUGGAGUGUUUGGCGGAGAGUUUUGACGACGGGCGAGUCCUCAUGUCUUAUUCUGAGAAGGAUUCAAAACAGUCCAGUAUGAAGUACUUGCUGCUAAAUCCGGGAGCAAGGUUUGAAGAGAUUUUGACCAGCUGUCGGUCGCUCAUACUUGCUGGUGGAACAAUGCAACCUGUUGAAGAGUUGACUGAACAAUUGUUUAAACACUGUCCUGAACGGGUUCAGCUAAGAAGCUAUCGCCAUGUGGUUCCUCCGGACGCAGUUCUCCCGCUAGCUAUUUCAAAAGGUCCAUCUGGAAAAGAACUACUCUUCAACUAUAACAACCGUCAAAAUAAGGAACUGCUAAACGAAUUAGCAUCCACGCUGAUCAACAUCUGUCAGGUCGUCCCGAACGGAGUUGUUUGUUUCUUCAGUUCGUACGACUAUCUUGAGCGGUUCUUUGCAGACUUGCAGGAAAGUGGUCGUCUGGCACGACUGGAAGAACGGAAACGAGUAUUUCGUGAACCACGUGGCAGUGGUAAUGUCGAAAAAGUUCUGGCAGAUUACUCGAAAGCUGCUCGUCAAUGGUCCGGCUCACAAACGGGUGCCCUCAUGCUUAGCGUAGUCGGCGGGAAACUUAGCGAAGGGUUAAAUUUUGCCGACGAACUUGGUCGGUGUGUGGUGGUGGUUGGACUACCGUAUCCGAACCGUACCAGUCCGGAACUGGUGGAGAGAAUGCGGUAUCUGGAUAGGACCCUCAAACCUUCCGCUGGGAAUGAGUAUUACGAGAAUCUCUGCAUGAAGGCUGUCAAUCAGUGCAUUGGACGGGCGGUAAGGCAUAUCAACGAUUAUGCCAGUGUGGUUCUGUUAGAUGCCAGAUACGGCAGUAGUGAGAAGAUCCGGAAGAAGCUUCCGGUGUGGAUUUCCGAAGGGAUGAAAUGUGUCGAUCGGUACGGUCAGGCGCAUGGGAGCUUGGUGAAGUUCUUCAAAACUAAAAAUGGAAGCGAUAAAUAGAUAUUGGUUGCAAUAACAGUUGAAAGAGGACGUGAACAAAUUUGAAUUUCAAUUGCAAUAAAACUAUUGAUGAAUUAAGGUUAUAUAUUAAUCAAAUGACCGGCUUGCUAAUUUUGGCGGACAUGCCGCAGUUAAUUCGGAGCCUCACUUGAUCUAGAGCCCUGUUCUGACAGCCACGACAUUUCCAGUCUGUGCCACUUCUGCAAAGGUCCUAUCAAAGACCAAGAAUCUGAGCAAUAAAAGUACCCUAGCCCCGUCGGCGUUCCAACCGGCACAACAGGAUCAACGCCAGAAACAUCUUUAUUACGCGUACUGGUGAUGGCAAGCGUUCUCCGUUGACGUUUUUCAUGACCAGUAUGCCGUAAUCAGGACACGAAUCGUGAUUUGUACGGCGACUUUGACCUGAAAGGCUACUGAUGUCCUACUCCUUGAGCAAGGUAGGAUGACAGCGAUCUGAAGUGGCGAGUGGGCUAACAGUACUAUUACUUCCGUCUUGGCAAGUUUCCGGGUUAGUUCAAAACUCGUCACCAUUUAGUUGGUGGUACUAGGUUCGGUUGGAGUAUUCCCGAUUUUACGCCCAUUCGUAUGCUGUACACUACGUUCCAUGAAGGAUAGUGUCAACUCUAGCAUGACCUCACUGUUCGCAUAGAUAACGAUGGGAUCACAAGAGGACACUACGUACAACGGGUGGAGAUAGCGGCCCGGAAUUGGGACCCACCAGCAUGAUGACAUCCACAUAAAACAAAUGAGAUUGAAGUAGCAUUGAAGUUAAGCAGCUAGUGACGAGUACUAAAUCGGCCGUAUCAGCUGCUGAGCGCAGGCGGAAGGCACUUUUGACGAGAGCGGAAUCAGCCGAAAUAGCUCUGAUGGAAGCCGCAGAACACGCGACGGCAGAAACAAAGGUGACACCGAAUCGUCAUCACAAUACUCGCUCGCAGAAAAGAGAGAGUGACACGCCGGGGAACCGAAAAAGUAGAAGAGCUAGCGGAAGGGUACCAGCGACCAGAGGAACGUUGGGAAAGGCCGUGGUUGGUUUAUCGUGGGAAACCAGCGAAGCGGAGGGGACGGAAACAACAAGAAGAAAAGAAGAAGGAACAAGAGAAGAAGCCCCUGCUCGAGAGGCGAUGCACUGAUCAUUGAAGCGAACGAUACGACGUCCUACGCUGCUCUUCGCAAGGAACUGAGAGGGGACCCUACGCUGAAAGAGGUGGGAGAGAACUUUGUUAAAACAAGGUGCAAUCAGAAAGGCGAGAUGAUGCUAAAUCCUCGGUCAGCGAAACGAACGUGAGUGCCCUGUCGCAGGAAGCCAUAAUCAAAUGCAAGGGUCGAGACGAGAUAACGACCGUAGAAAAGCUGAAGGGUGCACUGAUCGAGCAGUGCAAACUAGAUGUACCGGCGACUCUCCGGAUUUGGAAAUCGUAUGGAGGCACUCAAACGGCGGCGCUUCGACUACCGGUUGCCGUUGUCAGCACACUGGCCGAGAUCGACAAGAUAAACCUUGGAUGGUCGGGUUACCAAUCAGAAGGAGCGAUGUUUCAGGUGCUUGGACCUCGCACAUCAUGUGAGGAACUGCAAGGGCCCGGGCAGGUCUGCACUGUGAAGAAACUAUGCAGAAAAGGGAGACCGCUCGAAGCAAUCAAGGUGCAUGAUCUGCAAACCGGAACACGGAAACGACCAUACGACGGGAGGCUUCAAAUGUCCUGCGUUCACAAAGGCGAGGGCAGGCUAACAUUGGUAGAGAUAACCCAGCUUAAUCUCAACCAUUGCGACAUUGCACAGCAUCUGUUGUGACAGUCGACAACAGAAACGAAGUGCGACAUUGUAAUUAGUGUAGAGCCUUUCCAUGUUCCUCUCGAUAACGGUGGUGGAUAGUGCAGGGAUAGCGGCAAUCCAAGUAAUGGGUGGUUUCCCUGUCCAAGAGGUGGUGGAUAACACACACGAAGGUUUCGUGAUCACCGGGAUCAACUGCGUAUUCGUCUGUAGCUGUAGCUGCUAUGCUCCCCCAAGAUGGACACCAGAGCAGCACAAUCGGAUGCUGGACGCACUAACCGACUCGUAAGUCGGACGAACGCCGGUUGUUAUAGGAGGAGACUUUAACGCUUGGGCCGUAGAGUGGGGUAGCAGGUUGACCAACGCAAGAGGUUACAGCUUGUUGGAAGCCCUGGCGAAGCUGGAUGUAAGACUGUUAAACGAACGUUCCUCUAGCACAUUCCGUAGAGACUGUCGAGAGUCCAUCAUCGACAUAACAUUCUGCAGUCUUUCGCUGAUGGAUAAUAUGAACUGGCGAGUUAGUGAGCAGUACACACAUAGUGAUCACAAAGCGAUCCACUACACCAUUGGUCGGCGAAAUUGUACGGCAACGCCGAGAGUGAGGACUGGCGAGCGGAAGUGGAAAGUAAUGGACUUCGACAAGGACCUUUUUGUGGAAGCACUUCGUGCUGACAGCGUCACUCCAAUCCUGAGCAUCGAUGAGCUGUCGGAAACAGUAGCGAGGGCAGGAAAAUGGAGCCGAGGAAGUACCGGCGUACUGGUGGAACGAAAGGCUCUGCAUCCUCCGGGCUGUCUGCUCAAAAGACAGAAGACGCGUUCAGAGUGCAAGAUCUGAGGCAGUUAGAGAAGAGUAACAUUCCGGGCGACCAGGGCCGCUUUUAAACGCGAGCAAGUCUACCAGCUACAAGGAGCUGUGCAGAAAAGUAGACGCUAACCCCUGGGAUAAUGCUUGCCGUGUCGUUAUGGCCAGGACCAAGGGUCCAAUGACGCCAGUCGAAAUGUGCGCCGAUAAACUGAAAAUUAUCGUGUAGCACGACCCAACCGCAUGGCCACCUACACCGUACGUUGAUGCAGACGGAAAUGGAAAUGCUGAUAACAAUCGAGUUUCCAACGACAAGCUCCUUAUUGUGGCAAAAGGGCUGAAAGCGAGGAAAACUCCCGGAACGGAUGGUAUCCCCAAUGUGGCGCUGAUGACCGCGAUCCUGGCGUUUCCGGACAUGUUUAAGAUAAUCCUACAGAAAUGCUUGGACGAUGGCUACUUCCAGGAUAGAUGGAAAAUCCAGAAGCUGCUGUUGCUGCCAAAACCAUGAAACCAACCAUCAGGAGAUCCAGCAUUGUAUCGGCCUAUAUGUCUGCUCGAAAGUCUUGGUAAACUUCUGGAAAAGCUCAUCCUCAACAGGCUGUAAACUUACGCUGAAAGUAAUAGCGGAUUAUUGCAGAGGCAGUUCCGGAAAGGGAUAUCGACGGUGGACGCUAUCUGCACAGUUAUCGUGAGCGCGAUAAACCUGAAGAGAUACCUGAUUCCAGAGUUUCUGUGCAAGGUUCUGAAAAGUUACUUCCAGAAUCGAGUACUGGUCUACAAAACGAACAUGGGGCCGAGGUCGAUUAGGGUCACGGCGGGAGUACCUCGAGGAUUCAUACUCGGCCUGACGCUCCGGAAUACAAUGUACAACACUGGAAUUGCGCAGGGGAGUUGAGUCAAGUUGCAGCUGGCUCACUACAAGACCAAGGUAGUGCUGGACAGCAACUGUAAAAAAAUCCAGCGUGUCGUCAGUGUUGGGGGACAAUUUGUCCCAUCGAUGCGUGCGCUGAAGCACCUGGAUGUGAUGGUCAACGAUCGGUUAAAAUAGAACAGCCAUGUCGACUAUUUAUGUAAGAAGGCUGCGAGGACAACUAGUGCAUUAGAAAGGAUCAUGUCGAAUCACGGAGAGGCAAGAGGCAGCACGAGACUACUCCUGGUGGGUGCCGGAGUAAAGUAGAUCUACCGCUGGGGAGCAGUGGAGUAGUACGCGACGCUAUACCGAGUUCGAGCCAUCGAGGCGCCAGUGAACCGGGCGUCAGGCACCAUCGGAAUCAUCAGACCGGCCUCGUCACCCUACUGAGUAGCUCGUGAGUAGCCUACAACCGCUCCCGGGUACUAGAUCGAGUAGAAUGCGUCGAACAGCCAGCAGCGGAUCGUUGGGGUGCCAGUGAACUGGAAGUUACGCUCCACCUGGAAUCGCUGGACAGACAUCGGCACCUAUUGGCUUGACUGUUGAGUAGGUUGAGUCCACCGCCCUGGACUAGAUCGAGUAGACUGGGACGAAGCGUAGAGCUAAAAGUCUCACGAAAGGCAUUGGUACCAAGAGAAAUUCCGCCGCCGGGGAACUCUCAGUCGGAGUAUGGUAGUUUCACCGCCGGAUAUCGAUAAACUUACUUUACCUUACCGUUCAGGCUAGAGCCUUAUUGUCGAAGGGUCCGCAGGUUGUCCUCUAUCUGGUCGAUCCACCGUGCUCGCUGUGCGCCCCAUCUUCUUGUUCCUGUAGGGUCGUCCUCAAGAAUUAUCUUCACCGGGUCGUCGUCUGACCUUCUUACGACGUGUCCAGCCCACCGCAAACGUCCAUUUUUUGCGGUAUGUGCGAUGGAUGGCACUUUCAGCAGCUGAUGCAACUCAUGGUUCAUUCGCCUGCGCCACGUUCCGUCUUCCAUCUGCACACCACCAUAGAUGGUGCGCAGCACCUUUCGUUCAAAAGCUCCAUGAGCAUAGUCUUCGGAAUUCGUCGGCCAUCUCGAUUUCGUCACGGUCAGUGGCGUAGCCAGGGGGGGGGGGUUUUGGGGGUUAAAACCCCCCCCAAACCAAAAUUAAUUGGAUUGAAAAAAAAUUGAUGCUGGCGAAUUUAAUUUAAUAUUCCACAAAAUAUUUUUGGAAAAAUAUUUUCUGAUCACUACAUUGAGAACUGUGUUUAAAGCGUCAUGAGAACUUUUGGAAAAUUGUGGGAAGGGGAUCUUGUAACUUAUCUCUUAGCCAAAAUCCCAUAGUUGUCAAAUUACUUCAAUGUAAAAUAAAAUAACUGUCUGAAUUAUUAUGAGCUCAUUUUUGGAAAGAUGCUUCAAAAUAUGGAUUAGAGACAAUUUUUCGAAAGGGAAUCUAAAUUUGAAUAGGUUGAUUGCAUAUAAAACAUAAGCUUAUUUACCGAAAACUUGCAUACAUUUCAACAUUUGCUGAAAAUGUAUUUUUUUUAGAUUGUGUAGAGCUUAGACAACAAUUCAAGUUGAAAGCUGAUGUAAUUUUGUCUCUAGCAGGUCAGGAUCGGUUUUGGAUUUUUGUUGUAUUAUCAACUAUAUGAAUAGCCUCUUAGCAGGAUGCAAUGAAUGGCGUACUAAAAUUUUGUGUGCUACGUACUAGUACUGCAAGUUGUGAGGUUGACUAAUGAAGAAAAGUAAAAUUAAUGCUCGAUAAAUUUUUAACGGUCACUAUCACAUUCAUUCGAAACUGCCAAAUUUCGAUGUUAAGUAACAUUGAAGAAUUUCAAAACGUAAAACUGUUCAUCUGCUGAUAGAAUAAUUUUGACGGUUAAUCCUCCUAGAAGUAAUUAUACUUUGUUGCGUUUCGGCUUCGCCUCUUCAGAAACCGACACU